AGAAUCCAAACCCCGAGUGAGUGCUCAAGGUUGUAUCAAUUUACGUGGUGUAAGAGGCCCAGGGGGCGAGCUGGGGGGGCUGGGGCCCCUGAGAGCACGAGUGAGGGUAGGCCUGAGAGGUAUGGAGGGCCAGGUGAUGUGACGUCUAGAUAAUUAUGGGAGAGAAGGUGGGUAACACGGAGGUCCUCGUUGGGGGGGUCGGAGGCGUAUGGCACCAAGCACGUCUCACCCUCGAGGCCGACCAUCUGUUUGUCACACUCACUGACCUGGAUGAACUCAAUAAUCUUCAAGGCUCUGAUGGAGAAAGUGCACCAAGUGAUGUUCCCGAGCCAAUUGCAAGUCAAAAACGAGUUGUCCAGAUCUGCAAGUCUGAUAAUAAUGGCCUUGGUAUCUCCAUUAAAGGUGGCAGGGAGAACAAGAUGCCAAUCCUCAUAUCUAAAAUUUUCAAGGGUAUGGCAGCUGACUUGACUGAGAAUCUGUACGUAGGAGAUGCUAUUCUCUCUGUCAAUGGGGAGGAUCUGAAGGAGGCUACACAUGAUGAAGCGGUGCGUGCUCUAAAGAGGGCUGGGAAAGUUGUCACACUUGAAGUGGUGCCCUCCUUCUAUGUUACAGUCAAGUAUCUGCGAGAAGUGACACCUUAUUUCCGCAAAGCGUCGGUAAUGGCGGAUAUUGGGUGGGAGCUCCAGACCGGUUUUUUGGGUGCUGAAAAUGGGUUUCUGACCACUGAUGAAGACAGAAGCUCCCCAGUUAUGAGUAAUGGGCCAGAUACAAGAUCAGUUCCUCUCCUCUUCUGCCAUCUUACACAGAAUUUUAGAUGUGAAGAACCUCACAGCAUUGAGCUGCACUCUCCUGAUCGCCUACAUUGUCUCAUAAUGAAGUGCUCCUCAGAAGCAGACAUUGCCAGCUGGUACAAUGCCUUGCACUCGACGCUAGAUCGCCUCACCAUUUCUGCACUCAUUCACGCCAACAAAAUGCUUGGAGACGUGCUAGACAAAGCUACGAUACAUCACAUGGGUUGGCUUAAGCUGAAAAUAGAUCAAGGUAAAGAUGAAUGGGAGCCUCAGUUUUGUGCUGUAACUGACCAUGAUAUGAUCCUCUUCCAAGAAGUCCCAUGGACAAAAGAGGCUUGGGCCAACCCUCUUGUUUUCUAUCCACUUUUGGCUACCAGAAUUGUUAAUUCAACACACAAGGGAUCGUUGGGUGGUAGUGAGCCAAUUACGAUGACAAUGCGUUGUGGCACCCAAGAAGGGGUAGCCAUGAGUGUCUUCCAGCACGACACACAUCGUGACUUGGCAACUUGGGUGAAAGUGUUGGUACAGGGUGCACACACCGCUGUUCAGAGACAGAAGGAAGUUGCUUGUUACUGUGAGUGGCGAGGAGUCGAGGCCAAAUUAGUGCUUCAUCACGAAGAAGGCUUCACGCUAUUGUCCACACAUGAUGCUGCUGGUGGUAGGGGUCGCGUUCUGUGGACCCAACCAUUCCACAAGUUACUUAUGAGCUCUGAUGAUGGGGCGAGGCUAAUUUGGCUUCGUUUUGAUGGAGACAUGGAAGUGGAGUUGGACUUGAAAACCAACCCCAAGCCUUUUGUCUUCAUACUCCACACCUUCCUCUCAGCCAAGGUCCAUCAGCAGUCCCUCACUUCCUGACGUAAGCUAGAGCAGCCAAUGUCAACAAAAGCAUUGGGGCCAUUACACUCCAAAAAGGUUAUUAAUCCUGAGCAGUUAACAAAAACAAAACCAACAAGCCAGAUGAACCCAGGCAAGGCAGGGAAACCCAGCCUCCACACGCAAGGAAGACCGUCCACCCAGGUAGAUUCAAGUGUAAUUAGCCAUCCUGAACAGCGUAAGCCAGUAAAGCCACCACGGAGUCAGGUAGAUUUAAAUAAAGCUGGACCAGCAGCAAAUAAGCCAAGUUGGAGUGCCAGUUAAAGCAUUGCACUGUCUAUUUAUGGUUUAUACAGGAAAUGGGAACAGUCAAUAUUCAGAGGAAAUUCUUUAUAUUGGUAGAAGGCUAAAACAUUCAAGAAGUUUUUUGCUAUGAGUGUAUUUUAAGAAGGAAACAAAAUUUCUUUUUCACAUUUGUUUUUAACCAAUAUAAAUAUAAUAUCAGAACAGCUAUACAAAACUGAAAUAGUAUCAUGACACAAGAAGACUAUCACUCUGGCUAAUCCUAAUAUUAACAAUGUGAAAUUUUUAACGAUAAUGAAAUUUUGUUGUACCGUAUUAAUGAUUAGGAAAUACUAUGCUUAAAGUGGAAAUAAAGGGAGAAAGUCAAGAACAGUGUUGCAGUUGAGGAUAAAUCUGUAUGCAUAAGAGAUGUGGGCAGCAGCCAUUGAUUAGCAUUUGAGGAUAAGCCCAAAACUGGAGACAUUGAGUUUACCGACCAUACCAUUCUUCUCUCUUCCUGUUCCGUCUUCUUGGUGUCGACAGCUCAACUCAGGAACCAUAAGCUGGGGAAGUUAUUGACCCCUGUAUUUUUGAUGAAUGCUUUUCUUGCUCUUUGAACUUCUAGCUUUGCUGUUACCCUAAUAAGUAAUAGUUGAGAUUAGAUAGAAACUAAAGCAUAUCUUUGCGUGGUUCUCUGGGCACACGUUAUAAAUUAUUUCUUAUUGUCUAGUAAAGAUGGUGCAGAGUACAUACCAGGUACAGUAUUUCACUUGUUUGUGGCAAAUUUUUAGUUAGCCUUUGAUUUAAAAUUAAAAUUAUUUUGAUUUGUAUGUCGCCCAAAUUCUUGGGUGCCACUUAAAAUGUUACUUAAUAUCACCUAAAUGUCACUUAAAAUUCUUGUUAAUGGUAUGGGGGAAUGCCAUGGGAUAUAUAAACUUUUUGUGUUGGGGUAGUCUUGAACAUUUUAAUUAAACAGCUAGCCCUAGAUAGUCUGUGCAUCAGACAUAGUAAAUGAUGGUCAUUAAAUUCACAAAUUGGUUUCUUACCGGCUACUGAUUGUAAGAUGUAUGCAAACAUGUGCGGAAGUCAGGAAACGAGUAUCGAAUCACCGUGAAGUGGGCAUUCGUAGCCGUUAUACGUAUGCGUUCCCUCGUCCAUCUAAGUAAUGGAGGAGGGAGUAAUAUAACCUCACCAGAUCUUUUCAGAUACGUACCCCCCCCCCCCCCCCCCCCAAAAAAAAACCGUGUUUAUAUUUUUUGCCUGCCAUUCUCAGAUGGCUUGGAGCACAUCACCAAAACACCAUUCUCGGCAUUCUGUGCUUGACAUUAUUGGCCCGAUUUGUUUUAUUAUUAAGAUGGGACGGUAUUUCUGCAGUACACCAUUGGCUUGCUGUGAGAAACCUCCCAUUGUUAAAAACAUACUUAAUUCAUAAGAUGCUGCUGCCUUUUAAUGAUAAGUAUAAAUGAAUGCCAAGGAAUUCUGUAAUGAUAGGCUUAACAUUAUUAGUAGAGAUGCGCAUCACUAGUUGUGAUAAGGAGGUACUAGUGCCAGAUUAUCGUGGCUACUGAAUUUUUUACGCACAAUCAAAAGAUGGUGAUGUUAAUGAAAUAUAGCUUUUUCUCUAAUGGAUGUAGAGCUUGUAUCCAUUAUGAAUUAUACCUUAUAAGUUACACAAAAUGACAAGCUUUUUAUUAUAAGCUGUUCAACUGAUAUGGGGCUGUUGGGUACCCAUUUGUCUUGGAAGCUCAGAUUGUUUGGCAAUAAUCCUGUGCUUGCUAUUCGGGAGUGUUUUUCCGUAUCUUUGGUAGAAAUUGCACUUUUCCAUACUUCCUCUGUGUUUCAAGUAAAUGUGUUUUAAGUGUUUUACUGUUUUUUGUGAAGAGAUUUUGGAGAGAGAGCAUGUUUUUUAUAUAUUGGCUGAUAUUAUUGGAGGGCCAAUAAUAUUUCAUCCACCCGCAACAAAUACCAUACAUACGAUUGACAGAUUAAGGCAAAAAUUCCUCCUUCCUAACAGAGUAAACAUUAUAUGGUAAAGGAAACCUGUACAAUAUUAAAAUGAUUAAAACCAUUUUAUUUUUUUAGUAUGUAUAUUUCUUGUGGUGAUGGAGUGUGAAAGGCUUACUCAAAUGCUAUUGACUAUGCAGGUUAAAGGUUUUGUCAAUGCUUUAAUGUGUAUGGACAAGUUUGGCCUCAAUUAUUCGUUGAAGUAUCAAUCGCUGGGAAAGUAAAGAAAUGUAGAGAUGGUCAUUUGCCAAAUAUUAGUUUGUGAAAGUUCUUAUGCCUGUGCCACUGAGCUCUGAGUGUGGGAGUAGGACUUGUAUGCAACUAUAUAUAUAUUACAGUUUAGGCUCAUAAAAUCUAAAUUUUAGUAUUGGUAAUUGAUAAUUUACAAAAUGCAGGAUUUCUGAUCUAAACAUUUGUGGAUGCUUGCUCUAGUCUGUCUGGAAGUUUGUGUAAUUGACCAUUUUAAUACUAAAAUUUGUCAAAGUGAAAAGAACAAUAUUACUGAACUAAAAUGCAUGAAAGGUCUCAUGUGAGCAUUUAUAUCUUAAAAUAAUUCAGUUUAUGAAAAUUGUAUUCAUGCCCUGCUGUAGGUUUCCAAGCUAGCACUUGAGAAAAUUUCCUUUGAUGUGAUUUCUUCCAUUAAGACCACCACACUCGUAUCAGUACACUGUAGUGUGAAAAUAAAUGAAACAUUCUGAAUCAUUAUAAAAAUUCAGCUUCACACACAAAUCUGAUCUUCAUAAAACAUGCAUGCUGCUGCUCUUUUGUUUGGCUGAUUAUAUUAGGGCUCUAUUAUAAUUAGAUUACCACAUACAUUUAAAAAUAUGUAGGCAGUUUUUCAAUGAUAUAAUGUUCUGUGGUUAUAGAUAAAAUUUGGAAUAUAAAAUUCAUUCAAUUUUCUUGUGCUUGGCAUGUGGACCUGUGUUUAAUGUGCCAAUGACCCCAGUUGUUCUGGAACUAGAGUAGUUCCAGAACACUUAAUUGUAAUUACCACUUUGGUAAUUAGUUUAUGGCACACUUGGUCAUCUUGAUUUGUGUGUGUGUGUGUUGAGUGAACCAAGUGCAGAAUUUCUCCCCAAAAAAUGUUCUUAGUUUAUGUAUGGUUAAAGAGUUAACUGUGAAUACGGUAUGUAGAGAUUGAUUACAGCUCUGUGCAUCUUGUUAUACACUCCCAAGUUGAAUAACAAAUUGCAGUACUGUUGUGUUUACCUCAUUUGCACCUUCACUUACUGCAUGAGACCUCUUCAUUGCUCCUGAUGUUUAGUUUUGUAUCUGGCAGUCUCUGUUUUAACAUUCAAGAUCGAGUUCUCUUAUAUUCUUCGUUGAUUUGGCCGUCUCGUGUUUGAUUGCACAAUAGUGAGUAGGCUAGUCAUAAUAUAUACUGCUUUUGUUUAAACUUGCAUGUCUUGCAUUGGAAAAGAUAGCAUUUCUUAUCACUACAGAAAGAUUGAAAUGAGUAUUUAUUCCUGCAGCUCUUUUUGUACACUUAUUCAAUUUGAUCCCAUCCACUAAGUCUUUCAGAAUACCUUCAGCUCCUUUUCUAAUAAUCUUAAGCUCCUGCCAUCACGUUUAUUGAAUAAUUAUUUAAUGAGUUACUCAUGUGGAUGAAUGAACAGUGCAUGCAAUAAACUUCCCUGUUGUCUUCCUUAGUUAAUAAUACAGAUGAACUUGUCGUAAUUGUUCAAGGCUGUAUGAAAAACGUGAUUUUUUUUUUUAUUUUAUCUUUUUUUUUUUUAUUAAGACCAAAGGCUGGAGAAAACAAAGAUAAAAGUUAUGUUCCAAGUAUGUAAUCUCAUUUUACCUGUUGUAUUCCAUUGUGCUAAAUGUGCAUUUUUUUUAUACGUGGUUUCAAUUAGGAUGACCAAAAUAUUUAAUUACAUGUACUCUUU